CAAUCUGAGGCAAGAAGCCGUACUUGAUAGGUAAAAGGGUGCGCAGGAUAAGCAAUAAUAGCAGCAGUAGCGGGAGUGUUGGUGCCGCCACGAAGGCUCUGCUGCCAUGGAGGAGGUAGGGUUGAUGGCGAGAACCAAGGGAUCGGUGGCCCUCAGUAGUAGUAACGGUGACAAAGGAGAGCGAUUGUCGGUGGGAUGGAGGGAUGGUUGGAGGCUACUAUCAUGCGCAUAUUUCGGUAUUGCUUUCCCCAAUGUGCGCUUGCGUAGAGAUGUGGGGUCUCGGUCUCCCGCUCAAAAAGCGUUAUCUUCUGCUUCUUCUGGAUCGAACGAAGGCCCUGUGGCCGACAUGGGUAUUGAGAAUAAGGACUACCGGACCGACAAGGACUGGUCGCCGUCGCUGCCGUUGAACCAAAAUCACCACCACAACCACCUAUUGCAACAACAACAACAACUACAAUCUCCCAGAUUGCUUACAUUGCCUACAAUCUUGACGCUUGGUCGCGUUGCCGCCGUCCCGCUCCUCGUUUGCACAUUUUAUGCGAAUGAUUGGUGGGGAAAAACUGCAACAACCGUUAUUUUCAUUGCUGCUGCAAUUACAGAUUGGCUUGAUGGUUAUAUUGCCCGGAAGAUGCGAUUAAGCACAGCAUUUGGUGCGUUUUUGGAUCCUGUCGCUGACAAGCUUAUGGUUGGUGCGACGUUGGUAUUAUUGUGUACUAGACCAUUGGAAGUUGCCAUGUUUGGAGAAGUACCAUGGCUACUGACAGUACCUUCAAUUGCCAUAAUUGGUAGAGAGAUAACCAUGUCAGCAGUAAGGGAAUGGGCUGCUUCGCAAAAUAGUAAAGUUCUCGAGGCUGUUGCUGUAAAUAAUCUUGGGAAGUGGAAAACAGCCACGCAAAUGACGGCAUUAACUGUGCUCUUGGCUACACGAGACAGCAGUUUAACAGGGUCAGGAAUUCUAGCUGUCUCUGGUAUUAUUUUGCUUUAUAUCUCAGCUGGUCUUGCUGUGUGGUCAUUGGCUGUGUACAUGAGGAAGAUAUGGAGAGUAUUGCUGAAGUAAGUUCGUCAUCUGUUCUUAAGCUUGGCUGUGAGAGGGUAAUCACUCUGGGUCUAUGCUAGAGAUUUUUUUUGGAUGUCUUCGUGUAAUUUGAAUGACCCAAUGCAGUGACCGAUCUUUAUUCUAUCCCCAUUCACAGCAGCAGGACUUCUUCAGAUAAAGUAGCUGACAGGGAAGCUGUUUUCCCUAUAGUCCCAACAUUUUUAGAUUAGUUCCAAUGGAAACUGGCCAGGAGGAGUGAAUAAUCCAUGUUUUUGUUGUGUCACUUUCAUUGAUUAAGAAGUGAUGAUUAGGGCUGACAGUAGGAUGUGUUGGAGUCUCAAAACUCACAAAUUAUUUUUCUUCGGGGGUGAACUGGGAGGAAGGUUCACCUCUAAACUAUUGUAAGAUAUUUUAGAUGUCUAGCAGAUGGCAUUUUGUGGGAAUUUGUUACUGUUGUAAUGGCAGUUAGUCAUGGGAAGUGGUUUGUCCACUGGUGGCUCUUCAGCACAUCUGCUCGGCCAGAAUAGUUCUUAUAGAGCAUUGUCACUGCUGUCAGUUUCUCAUGUGGAGAAAAAUCAGGAAGUUCGGUUUAAUGGGUCCAUAAUUGUUGAAGAUCUUUGGGAAAGUGUUUAUAGAAAUUGAAUUAACUGGUAUGUAAACAUGGAUGAUUAAAUUAAACAUACUUAGAUAUCUUGCCAAAGAUCUUUAUUGGGACGAAAUUUAGUUGCAGAAUUGCAAAGAAACAUAAGAAUAUUGUAGCCUUUGUACC